AAUAAUUCAACAAACAAAACUAAAAAUCACCGCGUCGGUCGUGCAAUACCCUGUCUGCAGCUAUAUACAAAAGGAGAUACACAUAUACCAUCUACCCAAGAAGAUCCAAGUGGAGCAUCCAGUAUAAGAAGAGGAGAGUACAGCACCUGGAAUUUCCAAUCUUCUCAAGAGGUUCGUCGGUCGUCGAGGAUGUCCGCAAUGCGUGAACUGCGACAACGCGACAAAUUUCGUCGGAGCAAGUCGCCACUUCAGCGAACUGCGGAGGAAUAUAGAGGCGGAAGCGGACGCGAUACGCGAAUUUGCGUCAAGAAGCGGGUGCGAGUUUUGCCUUCAUACCGCCUCGAGCACCGCACAUGGGCGGACUUUGGGAGGCCGGUGUGAAGUCUGCCAAGGGCCUACUCCUACGGGCAGUCGGAAGCGCUCUCCUCACCGCAGAGGAGCUGGAGACCGUGCUGGUCGGGAUCGAAGCGGUACUCAACUCGCGCCCGCUAGGACCCCUAAGUCCAGACCCAAGCGACGGAGACGCGCUGACUCCCGGGCACCUGCUGACAGGCGGGCCGCUCAUCGCACCCCCAGCACCCAGGACCCCGGACCAGGAGGGUCUGAGCUGCUUAAAGCGAGUCAGCGAGGGUCAGAGUGGUCGACCUAAGGUCGAGCAGCGGAGCCACGUUCAGGAGGCCAAUCCACAAAUUGGCGCUUCUGCCAAUAGUUUGAAGCCUUCCAGGCCUUCAACGGGGCCGGUGUAGCGCCAU